AUGUUCCUGGGUAUGGUACCAGGAUCUUGGAACUGCAUCAUCCUCAGUCCCGAGAGAGCGCGACUGACCAUUUUCAACCAACUGCCAGGCCUCAGACAAGAGUUGUGUUGUAAAGAAGGCAAUCGCGGGGUUAGCAGCGCCCAGUGUCGCCGAGAAGAAGAUGCAACAACCCCGCGCCAAAUCGACGUCGUAUGCGUUGUUCUUGCGCUGUACAAAGUUGAUCGAUUGGCAGUCGCAAAGACGUGGGCAAGUGGGCCGAACAACUGGAAGGCGAUCCCGCGCAAGAUGAGUCCUCCAGAUGAACAACCUCCUGGUUGA